UUAAGUACUAAACUAGGACAAGAAUACUGUUAUAACUUGAAUGCCAAAUAUGGGUAUUUAGAUAUUUGUUUCUUGUUUUCACUUCCUCUCAGCUUUAUCUUUUUACAUCAUAUUGGUUUCUCUUUUUUCUGCUUGAUUAACUUUAGCAGGGUCUUCUUGUUUUAUCUUAUAACUAGGUACCACUAUAAUGUAGCUGAUGCUCGCUUGGCACAACAUAUAGACAGAGGAAAUGAGGAUGGUCUACUUAUUAGUUCUGUUGCAUCAUGCUCUAAUUUGUGGGCCCUUAUUAUGGAUGCGGGAACUGGAUUCACAUCUCAAGUCUAUGAGUUGUCACCAUUCUUCCUUCAUAAGGAAUGGAUCAUGGACCAAUGGGAGAGAAACUACUACAUCACCUCGCUUGCUGGAGCUACCAAUGGGAGUUCACUUGUGGUGAUGUCAAAGGGUACCCAAUACACGCAGCAAUCUUACAAAGUAAGUGAAUCCUUCCCGUACAAAUGGAUAAGCAAGAAGUGGAAAGAAGGAUUUCAUGUCACAUCAAUGGCAACAGCUGGAUCUCGUUGGGGUAUUGUCAUGUCACGCAAUGCUGGUUUUAGCGAUCAGGUUGUUGAAUUGGACUUUUUGUAUCCAAGUGAGGGUAUUCACAGACGUUGGGACAACGGGUAUCGCAUUACUUCAAUGGCCGCCACUUGGGACCAGUCUGCUCUUAUGCUUAGUGUUCCUAGGCGAAAGCCUGUUGAUGAAACCCAAGAGACCCUUCGAACAUCUGCAUUUCCAAGCGCCCAUGUUAAGGAUAAAUGGGCUAAGAAUUUAUACCUUGCCUCAAUUUGCUAUGGGCGCACCGUGUCGUGAUGUGGAUUAACCAAAGUCCUAACUGUUUGUUUGACAUCGAUGUUCGGUAGGCUAUUUUGAUGUAGUGUAGUUCAUCAAUGUUUGAAUCAUAGUUAGUCUUGUAUUUAUUCGCAUCUGUUUGUGAAUCUGUAUGAAUGUAUCCCUAUCCACUCAAAGCACACUGGUUGCGGCAUCACCUAGAAAGAUAAAUACACCAAGCACUUUGGGUGACAUGGAUUCAACGAAUUGUUUACACUGUUUUGAAUCAAUCAAUGUUAUACUUUAGUUUUAUUAGUAAAA